CUCUCAUUUUGUCUAGUGCACCCACAGGCACACAAACUCAGCUUUGUACACUCAUCCAGCCUUAGCCCAAGGGACGCACACACGGACACAGAGACACACCAGCUACACCAGACUGUACCGACGGGAGAAACUCUGAGCUACUCCACAGAUGGGGCCUGGAUUGUUUUGGAACUUCCCUCCCAAGGCUGGCUGCACGGUUCCACAGAGCCUCCUGCAGACCAUGUUGCUGUCCAGGAUGGCGGGGAUUAAGGAGCAGCAGUUCACAGAGGAGAAGCCCCUGCUGCCGGAGCAGAGAGGAGUGGACUCAGACAUGCAGGAUAAAGGAGACGAGGCAUCAGGGGGGCUCCCCUGCCCCGCCAGCCCCCCGCCCCUUAACCACCCCUCUCCCCCCAGUCGCCCCACUCACCGCUGGCAUGUCAUCGCACGGCACUGGCUCCGCCAGACCCGCCGUCGGACCAGCGGGGUCCUCCCGGAAAGCUGUGAACAGCUGAUGCCAGCGGGCGACUGGAAGGAACAUGAUGUUGAGACCCCUUUUGGGAUGCUGCAUGUGGUAAUCCGCGGGGCACCCAAAGGGAACAAGCCUGCGAUCCUCACCUACCACGAUGUGGGACUGAACCACAAACUGUGCUUCAACACCUUCUUCAACAAUGAGGAUAUGCAGGAGAUCACCAAGCACUUUGUGGUUUGCCACGUUGACGCCCCGGGACAGCAGAUCGGAGCUUCUCAGAUGCCACAGGGGUACCAGUACCCCACCAUGGACCAGCUGGCCGGGAUGCUGCCCACUGUGGUGCAGCACUUUGGAUUCAAGAGCAUCGUUGGGAUCGGGGUUGGAGCUGGAGCUUACAUUCUGGCCAAGUUUGCUCUGAUCUUCCCUGACCUGGUGGAGGGUUUGGUUCUGCUCAACAUCGACCCCAACGGCAAAGGAUGGAUUGACUGGGCCGCCACCAAGCUGUCAGGUCUGACCAGCACUAUGCCAGAUAUCGUGCUGCCACAUCUUUUCAGCCAGGAGGAGCUGAUGAACAACACAGAGCUGGUGCAGAGCUACCGACAACAGAUCAACAACACUGUCAACCAGUUCAACCUGCAGCUCUUCUGGAACAUGUACAACAGUCGCAGGGACCUGGAGAUGAACCGCAGUGGGACGGUGCUCAACGCCAAAACCCUGAAGUGUCCUGCCAUGCUGGUUGUAGGAGACAACGCUCCUGCUGAGGAAGGAGUAGUGGAGUGCAACUCCAAACUGGAUCCCACCAACACCACCUUCCUCAAGAUGGCUGACUCUGGUGGACUCCCCCAGCUCACACAGCCUGGCAAACUGACUGAAGCCUUCAAGUAUUUCCUGCAGGGAAUGGGCUACAUCGCUUAUGUGAAGGAUCGGAGGUUGAGUGGAGGGCCAGUGCCCUCCGCCAGUAUGACCCGCCUGGCCCGCUCCAGGACGGCCUCCCUGACCAGCGCCAGCUCCAUUGACGGGUCCCGCUCCCGGGCCUGCACCCACUCCGACAGCACGGAGGGAGUCGGCACAGUCACCCACACCAUGGAGGUGUCCUGCUGAGGAGCCAUAGCAGAGGGGAGGGAGGGAGGGAGGGAGGGAGGGGGUGGUAUGAUGGAGAGAGAGACAGGAAGAGAUGGUGGCGAAGAAGAGAUGGCAGGAAUGCUCUGAGGAAAAUGGUUUAAAAAGGUGAAGGACUGAAGUUGCGAGACAUGAUGGAGGGUAGAACACAACAGUAACAGGAAUGAAGGUUCAUAAACGAGGUGAAGACACCUCUCUCGGUCUGCCACCCCCCCAACCCCCCCACCCCCACCCCCACAGUAAAAUAUCAUACGUAUUGCUACUAAAACACCCCAGCCACUCCUUUUAGAUAUCCACUUCAGCUCCACCCACGUCUUAGCUGACUGAUUUUGCUCUUGAAGUGUCAUUCUUGUGUUUGCUAAGUGUCUCCUCAUUCUUUGCCUGUGUCCCUUUUUAAAACCACACCCUCCCACCCCCACCCCCCCCCCCCCCCAAAAAAAACCCAUAAAGAAAGUAACCCUGUCUGACAACAAUCCACACAGCAAUACGUGACAACGAGCUGCUGCUGAUACUGUGACAUGAGAAGGUGAGAGUGCAGGAUAUGGCACAGAAAAGGGAAUUUUUAGUGGCUUCCAUAAAGGAAAAAAAAAGAGAGGUAUGCAUCAGUAUUUUGCAAGUAAUGUGUGCUUUUUGUUGUUGUACAGAAGUGUGAGGAUCUCUCUCUGUGCUUAUUUCUCUCCAUGAGUGACAGGUGAGCAUUAGAGGGAGGCGGGUCCAGAAUUGAACAGACAGCGGAACACAGCCAAUCAUAACCCAGUGCACCUGGAGUGCUUAGAGAAGAUUUAUUAGCUUUUACUUAGUCUAGCAGCAUAGCUAGAGUACACCACGCUGAUGUAGAGCUGUAAGAUUUUAUAUCAAACUUGUAAACUAGUCUUAGAAAAGAGUGGUGUCAUCAGCAUACAAGCAUUCUAGGUGUUCAGGCUCUUCCACACAACAGCACUGUGGGAAUGCUGUGUACUACUAACAUAGAGGUGGGCUUGUUGUUUGUGGAUGGACCUAUAUAAUCAUCAUAAAUGCAAAAGUAUAAAAAAAAACAUUGUAAUACUAACUUGAAUCUGUCUGUUCAGGACAGUCACAGAUUGUUAUAUAUGUAGUACCUGAGGCUGAACUCCUAUUAUCUCCUGCCAGGAAAUUAAAUCUAGGCCACAAGUCGCAAGUGUAUUGAAACCUAGCCACUACACCACCAGGUAGCUCAGCUGACAAAUGUGUAGCUUCAUCCAUUCUUAUUGCUUUUGCCAUGAUAAUCUGCACAUGAUAUGGCCAAAGUAUAACCAAGAUGACAGUCUGUGAUUCGUGAGCAACUUCUAUUGUAGUAUCAAAUGAGCAUAAAGUGAAUGAUAUACAUACGUAGUCUAAUGUAACCAGUGUAGUUGAAAAGUUGAUGAAGCACUCAAUCAGCAUGCAAAGAACUAACAUCUCAGAGGUAGAACUGAUCAUUAAUCACUCACCUAUAAUCACUCUGUGAGAAAAAGUGAGCAUGAAACUAUCAGUAUCUUGCAAAGCAAAGUAUUUAACUGAAAAUGCAGCAUCGUGAGCUGAAUAGUUUAAUGUACAGAGUUGUAUGUGGCAUGUAAACUUAGCAAUAGAGUAGGAAUAGAGUUAUGUCUAAUAGAGGAAUAUUACUGUAUUUGUAUGAGCCAAAUUGCAAAUUGGGAGCACGAUAUAGACGAUUAUCCUAUUCACACUAAUUGGGACACAAUUGAAUCACUUGUUAUGUAUUCUAUGUCACAUCUUCACCUAGGAAAGGGUGAAUCAAAGCCAAAUUGCUUCCUAAAUAGCACUUACAAAGUUAAAGAUUUCCCCUAUUACUGUCAUUUGGCACAUUAGUGCAGUGUUACUGAGCACAGUUUUAAGAUGUGUGUCAUGUCACAUUUCUAGGAUAAUCCACUUCAUGAAUAUAGGUGAGAAUAGGUAUUCAUUGACAUGUAAAUGCAAGUGAAUGUGAAAGUAAUCAUAGGGCACAAGUAUUAAGGUGUCUUUCAUUAGCAUCUUACAUGUGGUAAGUUAAAUAGAGCCAUGGCUGAAACCGCCAUCAUCAGUGUGUAAGGCCACAUUCACAUAGACAUUUAGCCUGUGUUAAAACAAUGCAAGGGGCUGCGUGUUUGUUUCAUGUACUGGUGAGACAGUGAAAUACAAUCUGGGAUGGGAUGGCAUCACAUCGUGUUUGUUGCAGGAAAUCUAAACUAGGUUCAACUUUUUGUUCGACAACGCAAGGUCGUUUCAGAUGACCCCGCCCUCCCUCUGCGUUUCCCUUCCCCAGUUCUGAUGAAUGAGAAGGGCUGCGUUUCUACAUGCAAAGCGACUGUCUGUGCGAACACGGUCAAACUCCCGUACAGAGAUGCGGUUCUGGCCAUAGUCGGCUCUUUGUGGUCUCUAAUGUGACAAUCACACUCUGACCCAAACCAAACCAGACCAGGGGGACCGAGGCAGAACCAGGCUGACCCGACGAGCCCUACUUUUGCGGGUUGCCACCAAAGAAAUCGCAGCAGCCUCCCCUUACAGCGCCCAGCCCCUCUCUGUGGAUAUACCAAAGCGAGCCAGACAUGCACAAGUAUCCACAACCACACACACACACGUUACCCCCCCCACACACACACACACACAUUUUCACACACCCAACUCAGCUGUAUGGACUGGGCUUUGAAAGGGAAUUAAGCCAAAGAAAUGACCUAAAUUCACACACUAGUAGGAAUCCAUUGCUUUGUGUUUAGUAGUGUGUGUUUUGAUGUGCUAUGUAACCAUAGUGUCACCAGUACAUGUAUAUAAGAAUAGUUUUAGACUAGUGGAGCUGUGUGCUGUUGUCUGCUAUAAUCCUGGACCACCUUGCUCAUGGUGAUCAGAGAUUGGGUCCCCAGGUAAUGUGCCGUGUUUAUUUACCAUAGUUACCUUCUGCUGUUUCCAGUUUUACAAAAAAAAACAAAAAACAAACCCUUUGACCCCGUCAGAGGGGCGUAGCUUCUAAUCGCUGAGGUGUGCGCUUCCCUGAGGCGGCCUGUAAGGGGCGGGGCUUUUUUGGAGCCAUUUGGGCGCCAAGCUUGGAAUGUAGGGCAACCCCCAGCCAUCUUAACCCCUUCCACCAACAUCCCCUCCCCACCUCCACCUCCCCCUUCAAAAAAAACAAAACAAACAAAAAAAAAAAACACAUGGUGCCCCGACUCUCACAGGCAAGCCCAGCCGCCACCCAAAAGGGCUAUCAGCUGAAGUCACUUUCUGAAACACUGCUGGUAUUUGUAGUGUUUCUGUGCACCAGGGGGCCCCACAGAGCCACACACUGACAGACAAUACACUUCUUUUCAUGCAAACAUGAAGAGAAAGGAUUGGUACCAAAGCACAGAGAGAGAUUCUGACCUGAACGAGUGAAUGUUUAAAAGGAAAGAAUGUGAUUUUUUGAAGCUGGAGAAAUUAUUGUUGAAUGAAUUAAUGUUGAAGUGUAAAAUGAUGAUAUGUGGACAGGAGAGAUUAUGAGAGGAUAUAUUGUUCUGAUGAUCUAACACCUCAGUCAGUCCUCAGUUCAUGAACACUGAAGUUUGCAUGUAGCAGAGUUUGUAUACGUCUCUCUUUGCUUUACUUAGCUAUUUUCUGCCAUCUACACUUUGGUUUCUUUCUACACUACUUCUACUCAAUCUGCCUGGGGGUGCUCCUGAAUGUAUUUUGUCCUUUUCUGAAGUGCUGUACAGUAUUGUCCACCUCAUCCUCUCAGAACCCCCUCACUAUGGUUUGCGCUUGUAUCCCCACCUCCACAUCUUUGACAUUUAUACCCCCGUACACGAAAAACCUAGCUCCUCCCUGCUCCUCCUAAAUGUCUACAAGUAGUUAAGUUCAGUAGCGAUUUUUGAAAGUUGACACCUCCUGUAAACUGGCACUAGAUCAGUUUGUAUAGACCUCGGUCCUCCUUGCACUUGUAGAUACUUUUUUUUUUAGAGAGCAGGUUACCUGAACUGAACACUUUAAUGCUACUGUAUUGUGAAGAUCAACAUGUUUCUGUUCUUCUUCCCUUGGAUUUUCUCUUUUUUCUAGGCAACAAUAGUGUGUAACCUCAUCUUGGUAUUAUAUAUAUUACAUAUUGGUUCAUGUCUAUUGCUACUAUUCUCCUUCUUAUUAACAUUAUGAUUGAUUUGUAUAGAGCAAUAAGUUCUUUUUUUUUCUUGUCUGGAUUGUUUCAUAUUGUGGGAGUCUUCCCCGUGGGCUUGUUUCUAUUUACAAAAGUGGAAGGACUCUUAUAGGGUGUAAUCAUAUUAGGUACGAUUGCUUCGUACCGUGCCUGAGUACGAUUGCCCCCCUCUCCACUACCCUGCCGCUCAGCUUUCACAUUGGUAAAGUCGUUCCGUACCUGAGAACACUUGCGUGUCUACACACUCUGAUACAGUAGGUGGAGGUAUGCAUUUAGUUGUUAUGCCAUCCACCAAUAAACACACAAAAAACAAGAAGAAGAGUACAUUUGCGUCAUCAACUGCGCGACAUUUGUUUACGUUGUUGCUCCAGUUGUUCUAUAGUGCCCAUACGCAUGUAAAUACUCUUUAAUAAUACCCUCAAUCUUGGCAUUCUUGUGUGUAGUGUCCAGUUGUGAUUGUAUGUUGUCAAGCAAAUAUUUCAUUUCUUCAUUAUACCAUAGAAAUCCUUCCAUGGCCAAUUUUGAAUGACAAUCGAAUAGUUUAGACGUCACAUUCUAAAUAGCCGUCCACUUUUGCUUUUUGGUUUUGAUACAGUAGCUUUCGCACCUGAUGUGAACCGUACCUGAGUAAACAUGAAAUGUAUUUGAGACCACCUUUUCAAGUGGACGGGUACGGUACGAAGUGACACACUAAUGUGUUGACAUUAAUCAAACAAACUGGACUUGGGGGUCAAAUGUACUCAGAUCUGGGCCCCUAGGUCCCUGAUGUGAAAGCCCCCUUAACUGCUUUGUUGUCAUUCAGAUGUGUACUGUUAAGUUUGAAUAUAUUAUAUAUAAAUACAUAUACAAAGUAAGCUGUCUCUGUCCAUGUACUGAUCAAGUAACAAAUAAGAAAUAAAGACUUUGUGUCAGAUUUUGCUGGA